AUGGUGGUGGCGUGUGGCGAUGGUACGCUGGCGGUUGCGGGGCUCAGCCCGACUGGCGUGCAUGCUGCGACGGCAGACCAGCAGCUGGCAGCAGCCCCAGCCCUGGAUUUCGAGCGUACAUACGACCGUGCCAGCGACAGCUGGAGCCUCAGCGUGGCGCUGCCUGCUGGGCGCAGCCGCCCAGUGCUGGUACAGCUGUGGUGCCGUGCUUGUCGCGUGGCAGGCAGCCAGGACGCUGUGACCGGCCUGGUGACCAGCCACAAGGUGGAGCAGGGGGAGGCAGGCGCGGUGGUGCUUGUGCUGGAGGGCGCUCUCCUCCCCCCAGCGGCCGGCGCAGCAGCCGGCGCUGCCACCGCCGUCUCCUCGGCGGCACGCAAGCUGCAGCAGGCUGCCAACUGCGCCAUGACGCUGGGCGGCACGGCCUACACCUUUGCAUCCUGCACCCAGGCCGACGUCAGCGCCCGCUUCGGCGGAAGCUCCAGCUUCUCAUUCACCGUCUACUCUACCGUGACUGCUGCUGGCAGCGGGUCUCUGCUCCAGAUGGGGCUGGUGGCCAAGACGGGCGGCGGCUGGGCAGGCUGGGGCCUGCCCAAGUUCCCCGGCAUGAUGCUGGGCGCAAGCGCGGUCAUCGUCUGGCCCACAGCCACAGGCGCCGAGGUGGCCGGCUACCUGCUGCCAGAGAGGAGCUACGAGGUGGCAGCCAUCAAUGCCGCCAAGGGCACCUUCCCCAUCACGCAGGCCGCCGCCGAGAACGAUGCAGGCGAGCUGCGCGCCGUGCUCUCCGUCAGCCUGCCCAACAAGACCGCCAGCGCCGUGGCUGGCGCCGCCACCAACUAUAUCUAUGCCAUCGGCCCCGUGGCAGGCGCCGCCACCAGCAGCCCCGUCCUGCAGGACCACGCACUUGGGGGGUACCCCUACGGCAGCGGUGUGUUUGAGAUGAAGCAGGCCAGCACAGCAGCCACGCCCACACCUGCAUCACCUGCCCAGGCAGCGAGCGCGCCACCCAGCCCAGCAGCCGCUGCCCCAGCGGCCGAGCCAACGGGCAGCAGCGAAGAGCAGGGGGACGGCAGCGUGGACGCCGCUGCCGCGCCCAGCCCCGCCCCCAGCCCUGCUAACAGUGGCGGCAGCGGCUGCACCCUGCAGCUGGCGGAGGGCGCUGCAGCUGAGAGCUUCACCGGCUGCACCCUCGUCAGCGGCGUGGGCUCCAACUUCCAUGUCAUGUGGAGGACUGAGGCAGUGGCCUCCAACCCAGCCAAGGUGCUGCUGACAAUGGGCAUGAAUGCCACCUCCAGCGGCUACGUGGCGGUGGGGUUCCCCAGCGUCCCGGGGCGCAUGGCUGGCGCCACCGCCAUGGUCCUGCAGGCGUGCACCGCGGGCGGCAGCGGCUGCGCCAGCGGGGCCCAGCUGGGCCAGUGGUACAUGUCCAGCACCCGCAGAUCAGACGUCAACCCCAGCACCAACAUGGCCACCAGCAACGUGCAGGCCGCUGCCCUGGCCUCCACGGGUCAGCUGGUGGGCAGCUUCCAGAUCGAGGUGGAUGCCCCCCCCACCACAGGCCGCCGCCGCCGCCUGCUGCUCCUGGAGGGCAGCGACGGCUCGAUGCCGCUCAUCUUUGCCGCCGGCGACCUGCUGCCGGGCGGCGCGCUGCAGCAGCACUACGCGGAUGGCGCAGCCGUGCUGCCGCUGGCCAGCACCUCCGCCAGCUCCUCUGGCCCCCCAGCAGUGGAGGGCGGCAGCAGCGACGACGACACCUCCCUGCGCUCGGCGCAUGCAUGGAUGGCGGCUAUUGGCUGGGGCGUGCUGAUCCCGGUGGGCAUCGUGAUGGCGCGCAGCUUCAAGGAAGCUGCCCCCCUGUGGUUCCACCUGCACCGCGGCCUGCAGACGCUGGGCUUCGUCUUGGGCACCAUCUCCCUGGGCCUGGGCUUCCAGCUCGUGGACGGCCAGUGGGAGACAACCGACACAUACCACACCGUGCACCGCAACCUGGGGGUGGCCUGCACCGUGCUGGGCUUCACCCAGUUCUCCGCCCUGGUGGUGCGCCCCAAGAAGGGCGACAAGUACCGCUUUGCCUGGGAGCUGUGGCACGCCUGGGUCGGCCGCGCGGCCGCCGUGCUGGCCAUUGCCAACAUCUACUAUGGAAUACUGCACAUGUGGGAUCUGGGUGUGUGGACCUGGGCCUCUUACACCGCCGUGCUCUGCUCCAUCGUGGCGGUUUCUGUGGUCAAAGACACCAGCGACUUCCUCAAGGCCCGCAGGCUACGGGCGCUGGACGCUGGACACGGCAGCAGGGGCGACGAGGCGGCGGUGCAGCUCACGCAGCCGCCCUCCAAGGCGCCAAACGGCGCUGCCGCCUUUGCCUAUGACAGGCCAGCCUGA